CCCCCUCCCGGAGACCACGGCUCGCCCCCCGCGCUGCCUCGCCGCCCACGCGCCUCCCUCGUCGCCCGCGCCCACGCUCCGUGCACACUCUCCGCGGCCCUCGGAAACGCGGUGGCACCAUGUCUUCACCUCCCGAGGGAAAGCUGGAGACGAGAGCCGGACACCCGCCCGCCGUGAAAGCUGGUGGGAUGCGAAUUGUGCAGAAACACCCGCAUUCGGGAGAUGCCAAAGAAGAGAAGGACAAGGACGACCAGGAAUGGGAAAGCCCCAGUCCGCCUAAGCCGACCGUGUUCAUCUCCGGUGUCAUCGCCCGGGGCGACAAAGACUUCCCCCCAGCGGCCGCCCAGGUGGCCCACCAGAAGCCCCACGCCUCCAUGGACAAGCAUCCGUCCCCGAGGCCCCAGCACAUCCAGCAGCCUCGCAAGUGAGCAGCAGGGACCCAGCGUCCCCCCUGGCGGUGCCUCAGUCCCCGACGUUUCAAAUUUCCCUGGCAAAGACAACUGGCACCUUCUUCGAGAUGCUGCUCCCUGGGGAAGUCUGAGACAAAGCAGAGCACGCUUCCUUUGCCUUAAAUUUCCAUGUCUAAAAUUAGAAAUGGUCAGACAAAACCUUUUUUCCAGGGAGCGCUGGUUGGUGUCAUUUGAGAUCAUUGUGCCCCCAAAGGGCCAUUAGCAGGACUUACCAAGACCUCAGUAAAAUGAAGCUGUUCAGUCUAACUACAGCUCUGUUUCAGCAAUUGCCUGAAGGCCUUGUGGUCUUAAAAACAAGAGGGCACAAAUUUGAAGGAUUAGACUCAGAUUAGAGGAAAAGCUUAAUCAUUUCACGCUUUUAAUAAGUAGGACAAUAACGUCUUAACUCCUAGGGGAGGGGUAGGAAUCACCAUGGUGGGUUUCAGAAAGGCAGAGCAGAGCAGACCUGGCAUGGGCAACAGCAUCCUGGAACUUCCCCUUCCCUCCCUGUGCGCUGUGGGAUCGCUGUGCAGGCAACACCGAGCUCUCCCAGGAAAAUGAGAACCUCACCUCUUUGAAAUGACUCUUAUUCCAGGCGGCAUCUUGCUGAAAAAUUACAAUUCAGGCAGUUCACCAAAGGGAAUACUUCUGGAAUGAGAUCUCUCAGUGUGAGCCAACUCAGGUCCUGCUUCAUGAUCCUCACACACUCUGCCCGGGAACCUGCAUUUUCCAGGAAUCCCCUCUACAACUGCCUUUGAGUGCUUGUAGUAAUCACUGGCCAGGUGGAGGAAUAGCUGAAUUCUGGAACAUUAGAGCAAGAACACUGAAUGCAUGGAAAGACCAGAUAAAAACCUGCCCUUUGUCUCCUUAGGGAAAGGCAGAAACACCACAUUCCAUUUGAGCUAGAAAAUCCUGUCUGUCAGUCAGUCCAACUGUCCAGAAUUCCUUCUGCCCAAGCGCACAUUAGUCUGGGCCCAAGUCCAUUCGGGCACAUUAGAUUGUCAACUUGUGUCUUCUACCCAUAGCCGCCCUGGACUGCUCAGUGGCUCACAGCUGGAGAGCACACUCUUUUUCUUAAAAGCCAAAGAGUUUGUUUUCCCAGACUUUAAAGUCUUCAGAGCAGAUGCUUUUGGAGAGGGUGCAGCCCCAUCUGUCCUGCUCACCAGCAGUUGCGUUUGCUGCAGGUUGGCAGUGAGGCGCACACGCCAUCAGCCUUUGGGAUGCCCUUAUCAAACCCACUGCCAGCUGGUAAAAAUAGCACAUACCUAGUCAGCCCCACCCAUCACUGUUCCCUAAGAGAGAAGCACAGCGCUGCUUCGUAUUCCAAAGGCAGCAUUUGGUUUCCCAUCUCGCUGACUUGCUGGGAGCCAGGGUCUAACUAUCAAGGCACCAUGAUGUCACACUGGUGUUGCUUAAUUGCUGAGACAUUGGUGUAAACUGAGGCUGGCUUUUGAAGGUGCAGAUCAGGUGGGCAGCACUGCCAUGGGAUACACUGAGCAAGCAGCCUGCCCCGGCCACCUCCUGGAGCCAGCAUCUCAGAAGGGACCCUGAGAACCGGCAGCGCUGGGUCAGGCUCGUGCAGACCAUUGCACCCUCUGCUACAGAAAUUAAGGUGCAUCCUUCAUACUUUUUAGUUCUGCAGACUGAUGUGCUGUGCUGUUUCCCCAGAUACAUUUUUCAUGUAUUUUAGCUACAUCUGGCAUGUAUCCAUGGGCUGUAUGUAGGUCACUGAAUGCAAACUUUUCCUGAAUGAGUUCACCAUUGUCAACCUCAAAAUAAUGAUUAUAAUAAAGCUCCUGCAUUUCUUCUCA